AUGCCUCAAGCAUCCAGCCUUCCCGCGUGGGCCGAGCUCCAGGCUCACCGCGACAACGUCGGCAAGAACUUUGUCCUGAAGGAAGCCUUCGCAGCCGACACGGAUCGUUUCGCCAAGUUCAGCCGUACCUUCAAGAACUCGGCUUCGGGCACCGACAUCCUCUUUGACUUUUCAAAGAACUUCCUCAACGAUGAGACCCUCCACCUCCUCGUCAAGCUCGCCGAGCAGGCCAACCUCGAGAAGAAGCGCGAUGCCAUGUUCGCCGGCGAGAAAAUCAACUUCACCGAGAAGCGCGCCGUCUACCACUCCGCUCUCCGCAACGUCGGCGACUGGGACAUGAAGGUUGACGGUGUCGACGUCAUGGGCAACAAGGGCGGUGUCCGCGAGGUUCUCGAGCACAUGAAGGAGUUCUCCGAGCAGGUCCGCAGCGGCGAGUGGAAGGGCUACACCGGCAAGAAGCUCACCACCAUUGUCAACGUCGGUAUCGGAGGUUCCGAUCUCGGCCCCGUCAUGGUCACCGAGGCCCUCAAGCACUACGGUGCCAAGGACCAAACCCUCCACUUCGUCUCCAACAUUGACGGUACCCACAUGGCCGAGGCCCUCGCCAACUCGGAUCCCGAGACCACCCUCUUCCUCAUCGCCUCCAAGACCUUCACCACCGCGGAGACCACCACCAACGCCAACACGGCCAAGUCGUGGUUCCUCGAGAAGACGGACGGCAAGGGCGAGAUCGCCAAGCACUUUGUUGCUCUGUCCACCAACGAGGAGGAGGUCACCAAGUUCGGCAUCGACGCCAAGAACAUGUUCGGCUUCGAGAGCUGGGUUGGCGGUCGCUACUCCGUCUGGAGUGCCAUUGGCCUCAGUGUCGCCAUCUACGUCGGCUACGACAACUUCCAUAAGUUCCUUGCCGGUGCCCACGAGAUGGACAAGCACUUCCGCGAGACUCCCCUUGCGGAAAACAUCCCCGUUCUGGGAGGUCUCCUGAGCGUUUGGUACUCUGACUUCUUCCAGGCCCAGACCCACCUGGUUGCUCCCUUCGACCAGUACCUGCACCGCUUCCCUGCCUACCUCCAGCAGCUUUCCAUGGAGUCCAACGGCAAGACCAUUACCUCUGACGGAACUCCCGCCAAGUACACCACCGGUCCCAUCCUCUUCGGCGAGCCCUGCACCAAUGCCCAGCACUCCUUCUUCCAGCUCGUCCACCAGGGUACCAAGCUGAUCCCCGCCGACUUCAUCUUGGCCGCCAAGAGCCACAACCCCAUUGGUGACGGUGUCCACCAGAAGAUGCUCGCCUCCAACUAUUUUGCCCAGGCUGAGGCCCUGAUGGUCGGCAAGACCGCUGACCAGGUCCGCGCCGAGGGUGCCCCCGAGGAGCUUGUCCCCCACAAGAUCUUCCUCGGCAACCGCCCCACCACCAGCAUCUUGGUCGGUGGCCACAUUGGCCCCGCCGAGCUUGGUGCUCUGAUUGUCUACUACGAGCACCUUACCUUCACUGAGGCCGCCAUCUGGGACAUCAACGCCUUUGACCAGUGGGGUGUCGAGCUGGGCAAGGUCCUGGCCAAGAAGAUUCUCAAGGAGCUUGACGAGGCUGGCAACGGUGAGGGCCACGACGCCUCCACUGGCGGUCUGAUUGGCGCUUUCAAGAAGUACUCCAACUUGUAA